AUGGUUAAGAUUUGGCUCUAUGGCAUAGUUCACAAAUCCUUGAUUCAGAUGGUGUCCAAGAAGGGCAUGACAGCAUAUGACAUCCGGAAAAGUCUCGAUGACAUCUUCAACGACAACAAAGAUGCCCGAGCUAUGGAGCUCGAUCAAGAACUAUGUACCAUAACAAUUGGAUACAUGUCGAAUCACGCGUACUGUCAACGCAUCAAGACCAUCGCCGACCUCCUAGCAAAUAUUGAUCAACCAGUACCAGAGAAAACCUUGGUCACGUUCAUGGUCAAUGAUCUCGGGGAGAAGUUCGAUCAACUAGCCGGAAUCAUCCGUCAUCAGAAUCCUCUUCCAUAUUUCUUCCAAGCACGUUCGAUGCUUGUUCGUGAAGAACUUCGCCUAUCCCGUAAGCGCCCUCAACACGGAAUUCAUCAAGACAAUUCCUCAGCCCCAACAAUACUCUACAGCGGAAAUGCAGAGCCUUCUCGUACUCCCUUCACCCACUCCCGUGGAGACCGCCAGAAUCAAGAUCUCCAGCAGAAUAAUGACCGCCGGUAG